AUGAAUUAUUUUGUUGUAUCCAUUUGUUUUUUAUUUUGGAGCAUUGUUCAGAAUAAUUUUGUUCUCAAUGAAAAAAUUAUUCCUAUAGGUCCUGCAAACCGUUCAAAAUUAAAAAAAAUGAUGGAACGUGAUGAGGAUUUUAAAAUAAAUAUACAUGCACCAGUGGAGGAUACACAAGAGGUGUUGGAAUCUUUAGACUCCCUGAUGAGGGUGGAGGAAAUUCAGAGAAAAGUCGAUGAAGAAGAGUUUAUGAACGACAAGCAGAGAAUGCUUAAAGUUCAUAAAAAAAGAAUUCAGGAUAUUGUUGCUACGGCCUUUGAACCACUUCACACAUUUUUACCGAACCCCCUGCAGUAUCUGAUUAUGAAAGAUGUCCACUCGUACUUAAAGAAUCAAGAAUGA